CAUAUCAUCUAUAUAAAUACAUUUAUUAUUCCUCUUUCGCUUACACAACAAUAUUCGCCAGCCUUUCUACUUACAUCUUUUUGCAUAUAUAAAACCUAUACCUCUCUCUCUCUCUUAUCAGAAAACAUUCCACCCAAUCCCAAUCCCAAUACCUAAACCUCUCUCUCUCUCUCUCUCUCUGCCUUGCUCAAGAACAAAACAAAGCACCAACACAUUUUUCUGAGAAGAUUAUCAAUGGAGAUGGAGUCUUGUGUCCCACCCGGCUUUAGAUUUCACCCAACAGAGGAAGAACUUGUGGGUUACUACCUCAGGAGAAAGAUUAACUCUCUGAAAAUCGAUCUAGAUGUUAUUGCUGACAUUGAUCUCUACAAAAUGGAGCCAUGGGACAUCCAAGACAGAUGCAAGCUAGGCUAUGAUGAACAAAAUGAGUGGUACUUCUUCAGUCAUAAAGAUAAGAAGUACCCAACAGGAACGAGGACUAAUAGAGCCACUGCUGCUGGAUUCUGGAAAGCAACUGGGAGAGACAAGGCUGUGCUCUCAAAGAACAGAGUCAUAGGAAUGAGAAAAACUCUGGUGUUCUAUAAGGGACGAGCACCCAAUGGUAGGAAAUCAGAUUGGAUCAUGCAUGAAUAUCGCCUCCAAACAUCUGAACAUGGACCUCUUCAGGAAGAAGGAUGGGUGGUGUGUCGGGCAUUCAAGAAGCCCAGUCCUAAUUAUAGACAAGGUUUCGAAGCUUGGAACGCUUACUAUGUCAGAGAUAACAGCCAAGUUAUGCCUCCAUCAUAUUCACAUAUAGCAAGUACAACACAAGCGUUUAAUCCAAAUCAAGCGGCAACUUUUCAUGAACCCAUUACUUCAUUACAGCAAGAGCUUGUUUGCAACCAUGCUCUUUUGGACAACCAACUUGUUGAGAUACCACGACUAGAUAGCCCUUCUUUAUCAACUAGUUUGGCAACAAAAGAAGGUUUCCAGCAUAAUGGUAUAGCCAAUAAUGAAGAUUUCGAUGGUAUCAGCAGCCAGUAUGUGGAUUGGAAAAAUCUGGAUGAUUUACUCGCAUCACAAUUUACUGGCACAACUUCCUAUCCAAACUUGCCAUUAAUAUCCCAGAACAACGAACUAGGAGCUCAAAAUAAUGAUAGCCAUCUCCUUGGAUGCUUUCCUGACUUAUAACAAAAUUGGUCAUCCAAUAGCCUUGGAUGCUUUCUUGACUUAUAACCAAAGCUCAUCCAUAGCCUCAAUCUAUAUAUGUAGAUGAUGAAUUCAUCGUAAUGGUAAUAAUAAUAAUAAUAAUCAGUCUCUACCAGCUGAUUUAAGGUUGAAUUCCCGUGUAGAAUUGUUAAAGAGAGUCCACACACUAAAACACAUAUAAAUUAGAGGAACAAUGACUUGAUGUGAUAAAGGGAGAGUUCCUGAAAAGUAAAUCUCCUCAAAUAUUAGAAAUGUUGGUGAAAGUUUUUAUUCACCAUUGUACUUGUUUAUGUUAUUUUAUAAUUGUAAAUUUU